UAGUUCUAACCACUUACAUUAUCUCAUUCACACUGAAAUACAUUUAUGAGUUACAUUAUUUACAUAUAUCCCAGAAAAUAUCUAACCAUGUUCAAUCCAUUUUCAAUUUACAAUGAUAAAGUGAAAACCCCGGUAGUUAAUAUCACAAAAGCAGUGAUUAAUCAUUAUACUAAACGUAUAAAUGCUAGAUACUUAACUGUUAAAGAUAUUUUGCUGAGGGGAGCAAUAGUAGCUUUAGCUACUUCUAUUAUUGUCUGGUUAGCAAUAUUUAUGUACAUAGUGUUUUAUUACACAUAUAUGCCUUCAAUUUCACAUAUUAGGCCAGUGCAUUUACAAUUCAAAUCUUGUGAAGAAGGACAAGCAGUAUGUUCAUUUCCAUCAGCCCAUGUAUCAUUGACUAAGAAGCAGCAACUUCUUAUGAUUGGACAGCCUUAUAAAGUUUAUCUAUAUAUAGAAAUGCCUGAAUCUGAUGCAAACAAAAAUCUUGGGAUGUUUAUGGUCUGUGCUGAAAUGAGAGAUACUGCUUCUAAAUUGAGAGGACACUCUUGCAGGUCAGCUAUGUUACACUAUAGAAGUGAUCUAUUACAUAGUUUGAAUACUUUGGCAUUAAGUCCUUUAUUAAUCAUUGGUACUGCUGAGCAAAAACAAAUAGUUCCCGUUGAAUUAUUUUCAAAUUAUGAAGAAGAUCAAAAUUAUCCUGUUACUGAUGUGUAUGUUGAGAUUCAAUCCAGGAAAAUCGAAUUUUAUUCAGCUAGUUUACACAUAACUGCUCAUUUUACUGGAUUACGAUAUAUAAUGUUUCAUUGGCCAAUAUUAUCUGCAGCUAUAGGUAUCAGUACCAACUUAUUUUUCAUUGCUCUGGUGUGCCUUUUGAGCUGGUAUCAUAUGUCUGAUACAACUUGGCUUGAAGAAGUAGGGCAAAAAUGUAUGACCAAAAUAAGAAGAAGUAAAAGCAAGACCGUUGAAACUGAAGAUUCUUCAGUUGAGGAUAUUAGUCUAUGUGAAAGUGAUACCAAAGAAACAGAAUUACGUCUUCGCAAAGCAUUUAAUGAAGAAGAAUAAACAUUCUUUUUUCUAGAAAUAUGUUGCUUGAUAUGUACCAAAGAGAUUCUACUUAUAUUUUUUUACUUAUGG